AUGUCAGUUGGCUACAAUAACAAUGCUAACAAAACUGCUAAUUUUAGUGUCUUUGAGGAUCCUCUUAAUAGAUUACUGUGCUAUAAUUAUUAUUGUGGAGCACUUUUAUGUCAGGCUGAUCCCUCUUAACUCAAUGAGUGCCAAUAACUUGAAACAUUAAAAUGUGAAGUUAUUGAUGUCAUUAAUAAUCCGAACUAAUAUCGAGAAUUCUUAAUCAAAUUCAAAUUUGACUUUAAACAGAUAAGUCUAGAUACCCCAGAUUCUGUUUUAAGUUCAACUAAUUUUAUCAAUUUUUACUGUAACACUGGUAGUCUUUGGAGCAAAACAGUCUAUCCUACUAUUGUUUAAAUGAUGCCUCCAUAUAAAGAUGGAUUAAAUGAUGUACUUCAUAUCUUUCCUUUAAUGAUGAACUUUUAAGACUAUAACCUAGAUGUUUUUAAUGUUGUACCUAAAACUUAUGCCGAUGGUAUUUAGCAAAUUGGAUCAAUGCUAGCUAUAUUAAGCUUUGUGUCCACUAUCCUUUUUAUACUAAAUAGAUAUGUUUUUAACAAAAAACAAGUUUUGAGGAUUAAAAGCAUUAAUGGAAUGGGAAAUGAAAAGCUGGAAGAGCUUUUGACAUUUGAUUAAUUUUAUAAUAUGAAGAAAACUAUUGAUUUGCAACAAAGUCAAAUCAAUUAGUUGCUUGCUGCUAAUUCAUUUUCGAAUAAAGAAUAAAGUGAUGUUGAAUUAACUAAUUAUGGUGAAACUAAGGAUUAAAAUAAAACAAUUGCAGAAGCCAUAGAAGAAAAUAAGGAUAAUAUAGAAUUUUCGAAUAUUUAAUGA